CCCAGACUCACACGUCGCAUUGGCAAGCCCCUGCUUCCGCCCGGCCAAUUGAUCGCAUCUGCUCAGCGUGUGCACCCCCUACCGGCAAACGCUGUCGCUGCCUUCUGGAAGAGAACGUCGCAUCGUCCCAACUGGGAUGGAUUGGCGCCGAAAUGUAGAGGGUGGCCCGCGCGCACGCACUUUUGGCACCAAUUUAGCCGCUACAGGCCUUUCCGUUUCAGGCGCCAUGCAUGCAUACUUGCGCGCCCACCCACGCAUCCCGUCUAUUUGUGUAGACGGGGGGGGGGGGGAAACGGUUGGCCCGUCGGUUUGCGGGAUACGAACUGUCUGCUGCCCACGCAUCUACCAUCAAAUCCCCUUCAGCUCUACAUAUGACAAUCUAUCUAAACCUGCGUGUGCUGUGAUGUCAUCAUUGCUGUUGCAUGUCAAUCUGCUUUCUGUACAUCAUCUUCACCCAACACCUGUGCAAAUGUUGCAUUACGCGCCCCAGUCUGUUGCCUUUUGA